UCAGCCCCGGCGCUGCGGUUGUCAAGGAUCCCGGGGAGCGCCGUCGGAUGGCGACGUCUCCAGUGGCGGACCCCUCUCGAUAUCAGGAUUUCCUGAAGAAAAGAUCAAAGAGGAAUUAUCAAGAAUAGAUUGUUUUUGAAUGGUUAAACCUAAAAUGUCCACAGCCUUGGCCCUGCAGACUGUAGAAGCACAGCAAGGACUUCUGGAAGUGAGGCUGAAGGAAGAGGAGAUGGUCCAUGCCCAUGAGCGACACUCUAACUCGUCAAGAAAGAACCUUGAAAGCAGGGAGAUCUUCCGUAGACGCUUCAGGCAGUUCUGCUACCAGGAAACCCCUGGACCUCGAGAGGCACUGUGCCGGCUCCGCGAGCUCUGCCACCAGUGGCUGCGGCCCGAGACCCACAGCAAGGAGCAGAUCCUGGAGCUGCUGGUGCUGGAGCAGUUCCUGGCUGUUCUUCCCGAGGAGCUGCAGGCCUGGGUGCAUGAACAGUACCCAGUGAGCGGGGAUGAGGCAGUGACUGUGCUGGAGGACUUGGAGAGGGAGCUGGAUGAGCCAGGAGAGCAGGUCCCAAGCCAUGCUUAUGAGCAGGAAGAGGUUGUGAGGGAGAAGUCAACUCAAGAAGCAUCCCAGGUGUCCUCAAGUGGCCACUGCCAGAGCUUGGAAGAGCAGCUGCAGUGUAACUUGCAAGAGGUGUGCCUGGUGCAGGAUAUUGGUGAUAAAGCUGGGACUUGGAAUUUGGAGUUAGCACCAAAGGAGGAAAUCUCUAAAGAAAUAAAAUCUCCCGUAGAAAUAACUAGAACACUCAACAGUGAUGUCACUCAGGUGCCUGAAUGUGGAGAUGCCUCUGACCAGGAGGGCAGACUAGACAGGCACCGGGUAAGCUCCUCGGUGGAGAGGCCCUAUGUCUGUGGGGAAUGUGGGAAGAGUUUCACCCAGAACUCAAUCCUCAUCCAGCACCAGAGAAGGCACACAGGCGAGAAGCCCUACAUGUGUGGUGUGUGUGGGCGGGCCUUCAGCCAGCGGUCGGGCCUGUUCCAACACCAGAGGCUGCACACCGGGGAAAAGCGUUACCAGUGCCGUGUCUGUGGUAAAGCCUUCAGCCAGAAUGCUGGGCUUUUCUACCACCUUCGAAUCCACACUGGGGAGAAGCCUUACCAGUGCAGCCAGUGUGGUAAGAGUUUUAGUCGCCGCUCUGUCCUCAGUAAACAUCAGAGAAUUCACACCGGAGAGAGACCUUAUGAGUGUGAAGAAUGUGGCAAGAACUUCAUCUACCACUGCAAUCUCAUCCAGCAUCGGAAAGUCCACCCUGUGGCUGAGCCAGCUGGCUCCUUGAAACAGCCCACUCAGGGCUGAAAUUCUAAUCGUAAAGCUCAGGGCUUCCAGAGCUGGACGCUCUGAAAUGAGGCGGAUUCCAAAUGAAUCGGCGUUGGAGGCCUGACACCGAGACACGGUUCCUAGACUUGCCGGAAGUGCGACAGUACCUAGUGAGAUGAUGAAUGGAGUAAAAUUUCAGAUGGUGCUGGUGAGGAUUAAAGGUGACCUUGAAAAUCUGAAAGCGUGUUGGAAAUUUGUGCGUGUGUCGACAGCUACCCAGAAAGCGGCUGGGCAGUGUGGAGAGCUCACAGGACUUGAAAUCCACCUAACCUUUGCUUUCUGUAGGUUUAGUGAAAAUAAUA